AAGACUCGAUCUUCGCUAUCCGUUCAUUUUCCUUUUUAGUGUACUGCAACCAUUUUCAUAUUAAGAAUUCCACAAGUAUUCCAGUCAGUAGUCGGCAUUCGUUGGAACUGUAUCUUGACGAAACCUUUUACAUUGUUGCCUUUAAAAAAUGGGCGUUAGAGUAAAAUCUGGUAUGAAAAAGGUCGCUUUUUACUUCACCGCCCUCAUCGUAUUCUACUGGCUGUUCAUACGACAGCGGAGAAUUACAGAAAAGUAUGAAAUCGUAAUACCGGAUGUAGUGCCAAAAUCUAUCUGGGAAUAUUGGGCAGAUUUCUCAAACUAUAAAAGGAUAAACCCUACAGUGCUUGAUUUUGAAAUCGACUAUGAACGAGGCACCUACGACAAUUGGGAGUACGGCGUAACUUACACGGAACGCUUGACCAAGCUUCCAUUCACGGUGACAAUUAAGGGAAAAUUCAUAGUCACUCCAGAGCAAAAACAUGGACAUUUCGCAGAACCAUUUAGAAUUAUUUCAGAGCACGAUUCAUGCCUCUGGAUAUUUUGCUCACACUCCGAUGCGGACAUGACUUUUGUUGCGACUCAUGACGGCAAAAGUACUCGAAUAACGGAGACAGUCACGUUCGAAACGCCAGUAAUGAUGACGUGGUAUUACAUCAGCGAGUUCAAAAUGCAGCGACAAUAUAUUACGGAACAGUUACGGACAAUAGAUUUCAGCACGGUGUAAAAAAAAUCUUAGAAGAUUAAGUAAUUUUCCAAUUUUUAAUUUUAUUCAUGUCUGUAAUGAAAUAUUUGAAUAAUACAAUAUCCGAGUUGUUAUAAUUAAAUUUGGACAUUAUUGUACAGAACAAACUGAAACUACUACUUAUAGAAAAGUAUUUUUAAUUUAAAAUAAAAUUAGAAACCCUAUAAUAA